AUAUAAAAAAUAGAAACAAAUUUGUUGGAUAAUCUGUAAUCCUCCAUAGCCAACUUCACUCACAUUGAAAACCACCAUUGUAGUUGCAUAACUCCUUGAGUAGAGUGGAAAGACCAAAAUGCAGGCUCCAAGGGUAUUAGGUAGAGCUGUAGCCAAACAAGUUGGCCGCAGAAAUCACGGUCACGUUGCACCCCAAAGUACCUACAAUGACUUGCCAUCCCCGCAGGGCAGCUGGCAAACCCACUAUGAUGCCAACCAAAAAAGGUACAAUGGACAUUUGGCUCUGGGAAUUGCUACUUUCGUAGGCACCAUUGUCUUUGGCAAGGCUGCUGGCUUCUUUGAGUUCUAUGAUGACAUUCCAGAACGUCCAGCCAAGAUUGAGUCAUACAAGAAGUAAUUUAUGUAACAUAUAGUUAGCAAAAUAUAAGUUAGUUAUUAAUA